AUCAUCAUUAAUCAUCAUCAUCAUCAUCAUCAUCAUCAUCAUCGGCCUUCGAAGAUUCGCGCUAGAUCGGAGACGGGGACAUGCUAUGCAGCAUCAUCCUCCGUCGACGUCGAUCGCGAGAAACGAACGCGGCUUCGUCUUCGUCGGCGCCGCCGUUGUGUCGCUCGCGAGCGCGCGCAGGAGGGAGCGAGACGGCCGCUUCUCUCCUCGCCUCUUUCGCUCCUUCAUAGAGAGUGCGAGCACGCUUAACCUAAAAUCCUCCUCUCUCGGUACGUCUGGUCGUUAUCGGUGUCGUUCCGUCACCCGUCUCGUCUCUCCGCGUACGGGGAUCCCGUUGUCCCGGUGCGCCGCGUAUCCUCGAUAAGGGACAAGCGUGGCUAAGCAGGGACAGGGACGCGAGAGCGUCCGAGAUCGAUCGCGGAGACUUUUCGAUCCUCCUUCGACGCCGCGUUCAAGCUCGAUCGCCGAACGCGACAGACCGAGACGGAGAGACUCUCGACUACCCAGGCGAUGCUAAACUGCCAUCUCCACCCGGAGUGCUUUCCCGUUCGGGUUUUGUUCGCGAACAGCGGGUGGUAGGAACUGGUGCUCUCACCUCCGGGUACCCGAAUACGGUUGCAUACGGUGUCACUUGGACUCUCUCUUCUUAACGUUGUCGCUAUUGAUGACCUGGCCAACCGACGACAACGACUGUGAUCUCUGUGAUUUUCUGGAACUGGUUUGUUGAUUGAACGGAACUCUGUAGGGAUAAGGAAGCUUGUGGUGGACAAUACAGCGUCUCUGGAGGAGUUAGUGUCUUUCGUGGGAGUUGUACAGUUACGGAACAUGCGUGUGAUGGUGUACGGUGUGUUCUCUUAGUAUUUGAUGUUCUGCCUGCCGCUACAGCUGUGAGAGAACAGUCUCUUCUUUAGAGCUGCACUACUGUUUCACUGUUGUGUGCUCUGUCCAAUUGCAUCAGACUAGUGACGGUGAUGACAUGUCAUCGUAAAGUGACUUGUGUGCGGUCAAGAGCCAACACCGAGCUUCACAAUGGAGAAAUAGGACAUACUCGAUGAAGAAAUAAUGCCUAUGUAGAAGAACACAUGUUCUGGGAAUUGAUGGGUAUAUGCUUUUCCUGCAGGAGACCAACCAGUGGCAGGUUGAACAGUAAAAUCUCUGAACACAUCUCAGCAUCAGUAACCCCUCUCCAUGUUUGUCUGGAAGAACAAAGAGGACCAGAACUGGGCUCAUGUGACGCCUCGCAAGCUCACAGGCCUCAGGUUAAAAGGACCUUUAAGAAUCAAAAAGCAGAAGAAGAAAUUCCCGAGGAGGUGGCAGAGGGUAGUUCGAUCGAGAUUGAGACAGGAGAGUUAAGACAGAGUAUGGCCAACACUAUCAGCAACAUGAAGAUGACCAACCCCAUAAAGGGGCUUGUCAGCAAACACCGUAAACGUUACACAGAGGGUGGUUUUAAUCUUGAUCUCACAUAUAUAAAAGAAAAUUUAAUAGCAAUGGGUUUCCCAGCCGAGAAACUAGAAGGAGUGUACAGAAAUCAUAUUGAUGAUGUUGUUAAACUACUAGAAUCCAGACACAAAGAUCACUACAAGAUUUAUAAUUUGUGUUCCGAAAGAUCAUACGAUUGCAGUAAGUUCAAACAAAGAGUAGCCACUGGCAUUUAUGCAUUUGAUGAUCACAACCCACCAAAGCUGGAGCAGAUCAAACCCUUCUGCGAGGACGUGCACGAAUGGUUAUCUAAACACAAGGAGAAUGUGGCCGUAGUUCAUUGUAAGGCAGGCAAAGGUCGAACAGGCGUAAUGGUAUCCUGCUACCUACUGCACAGCAAACAGUUUCUCAACGCCACCGAUGCUCUUAAUUAUUAUGGAAAUAUACGCACCCACGACAAGAAAGGCGUAACUAUACCGUCGCAAAUAAGAUACGUGGAUUAUUAUGCCACCAUUGUCAGAGAGGGUCUCAAUUAUCAACCAGUGACAUUAAUAUUGCGCAAAAUACAACUGGACCCAGCUCCCAUUUUCAAUGGCGGUCAAGGCUGUUUGCGUUAUAUAAUCUCGGAAUCAAACAAAAGAAUAUUUUCGGGUAUUUACGAGGUUCGGAAAGGUAUGCCUUCUAUAUCCAUUUCGUUACAACACAGUGUAGCUUUGACGGGUGAUAUACGAGUGGAGUUCUUCAACAGACCGAAAAUGAAACCAAAGGAGAAAAUGUUUCAUUUUUGGUUCAACACCUUCUUUGUGCGUGAAAAAGUAACUUCCGAGUAUGACAAUGGCGAGUUACUUGUUGAAAGAGCAACGAGAGCAUUGAGUUGCGACGGUACAGCCAUGGAGUGUCCGAUGGUCGCGUCGCACGUGAAAUCUAGAACGGGCUCGUUGGCGAGUCUCGGUUCUAUGCCGCCUACUCUCGUUUUACGGAUAGGCAAGUCCGACUUAGACAAAGCACACAAGGAUACAAAUAACAAGUUGUACAGUGAAGAUUUUAAAGUGAGUCUAUUUAUGCAUUGCGUGGGCGGAAGUGCAUCGCCGGCUGUGCCAGCGACGACGAACAGGAGCGGGGACGGUGUGCAGCUGGGGAUGGGUGGGCAGGAGACGCCGAGCGAGUCGAGCGAGGCGGACAGCAGCGAGUGCGACACCACCGGCGACGAGGACGGUUGGGAAUCCGGGGAAUCGACAUAUUUGUGACUGUUGAGACUUGACUGAGAUGAUGAUGGGGCCGAUCGCGGGGCUAAACACUUCUUCACUGUGACGAUCAACCUCUGAAACCUCGCACCGCUUGAUUACCGAGUCGAUUGUCGUGUGCGAAUAGAUGAGACAACCACCAUCGCCAUCCUCGUGCCUGCCACACCACGCAUGCAUAUAAUACACCCUGCCCGCCUAUCCUCGCAAAAUUCUUCUUGGUACACACACGCUGAUAUGCUUCACGAGAAAGAAUUCCGUUAUCAUUAGGAUUAAUUAAUUUAACAACAUUAUGUCAUGUGUAUCGCAUUGUGCGCGAUCAGUAUGGCUUUUGUAUAAAAGAAAUGAAGCGCCGGUUUUAAUUAAUUUCCUGUUCUUCUUCCUGGAAAGAUUUAUAGAUGAAAAAAUGUCUAUUAGUAGCGAUUAUAAAUAAAUAAAUUUUUGUAUAUACGAAGACAAACAUAUUUGUAAAUUAAUAUUAUUGAAACUGCAAUCGUUGCAAUAAGUAGAGUCAUUCUUUGAAGAAAUAGAUUUAUUACUAUAUUAAUUAUGUCGAUGUAUAAUUUAUCCAAAUUAUAGAAAUUAUAGCAAUUAUUUUAACAAAUUUUUUAUAUUGUAUGAAAAGUUUUAAAGAGAAAACUUUGAAAACUUAUUUCAUAUUUUUUUUUUUACACGAGAAAAGGCGCUUGAUUUCUUCUGUGCAAAGGCUAUCACGAUUAAUACUAGUUAGAAAUCUUUUUAUAAUAAUGAAUAUUUGGCAAUAUUUUUUGUUCAAUUUCGCGCAAUAAAUGCGUCUUAUUGUCGAGCGAGUCUCGGAGCAUAAAGUUUAUUCUAGAACCUAUUCUUUUUAAAUAAAAUUAUAGUGUAUUGCACUGAUAAAUAGUAUUACAAGCAGAAAUCAUUACUGUUAAUCAGUGAAUUUUCACUAAUUUUGUUGAAAAGAAUAAAAUUGACGCGCUAUCGAUUUCGCGUAGCGAAAUAACCCGCAUAAAUGAGAUAUAAAUCGAGUUUAUCUUUUUCGUUUUUUUUUUCUAUUUAUUUAUUCCUCUAGAGGGAACAAUAAUAAUAUUCGCGUUUUGCGCAAAUUAUUUAUUUAUUUACUUUUCCUCCAAUGUGUUUUAUUCGUAUAAUAUAUACGUACGCGUUUUUUUUUGGAGUCUCUUCGACAUGAUGAACGAUUCAUUUCAACGACGUAGACAUUUAUCACACAUGCAUUAUGUAUUCACGCGCUGAUAUUAUUAUUAUUUUAAGUUUGUCUAUUUCUUUGUUAUCAACGAAAGUCGUCGUCAAAUUUGUACAAUAUUUCCGUUUUUUGUUAUGCAGGAUGCUCACCCUCAAUAAUAAUUGUUUGAUAAAAGUACACAUACUACGAUUAAUUUGUACAAUAUAAUUGUCUAUAGAUCAUCUGUUUUCAAUUUAAUCAUAUUAAAGUGAUAAGAAAAUGAAAAAAGAAAGUACGAUGACUGAUUGUUGAUUUACGCAAUUGGUGUUUAGCAUCGAAAUACAAUUGUUUCUGCGAAAAAGAAUUUUGUUAUCUAUUAUUAUUAUUAUUAAUUGGAUCGUUUAUGUAUUUUUUAUUUAUGACUAUGUUGUAUCAGGGUUUUUAAUACUCUAGCCCAAUCUUUGUUUUUUUUUUGUAUUAUUAUGCCAUUAUUUAAGAUGAUUAACAACGAGAAAGAUAGAAAUAUUGCGUUGUAUGCGUUCAAAAGCGCAUUGCGAGAGAAUAGAUACGUAAGAUCCAUCAUAGAGUUGAAAUUACAAUAGACAAUUUUUACGUUAGAUUGAUAAGAUGGUAGCAAUAAAUAAAUAAAUGUCGUUUGAUUUAUUUCUAUACGUUUAGUAUCUAAUCGAAAGGAGGAAAAAAGAAUAUCUUCUGCUGUAGUAGAAUAAACCGAUAUGUCGCAUAUAUUUUUCGCAGUAGAAAUUUAAGUUUGUUGUUAACGAGAAUACAUCCUAUCCCCGAAACGUCUAGAUACGUUUUUGUGACCUCAUCAAUACAGUCUUUGCUUUUUAUAAAGUAGAAACAAAAUAUAUAUUAUAUAUAUAUAAUUGUUACUAUAUAUAUGUGCGUUUACGCAAAAAAUGCAUUGGAAAGGAAUAGAGAACGAGGAACUUUGCCUUCUCAAAUAGAUUCAUUUCACUCGCACCGGAAGCUUUACUGGGACCAAUAAAACUAUCUUGUAAGUCUGCGUAUUUUUUUUUCUUUGCUGACGAUCUUAAUCUUAAGAACUUUAUAUUUAUGAUAUAUAUUAUGAAUUAACGACUCAGCCUAUAGAGUACAAAAUACGUGACUUGAUCUCAGAUUUAAAUAGAAAAUUAAUUACUUUUGUGUCUCCGAAAGAGCGCGGCGUAAUCUUUUGAACAAUGUCAUUGAGUUAUUUGUUUAAGGAAUCAUGUUACGAAAGGACAGAUUUAUUACGUGAUACACGUGAAAAAAGUGUAAAAUUAUUUCUAGCAAAUCGAUAUAUUUAUAAUCAUGUUUAGUUUCUCAUCGAAUUAAUUCUCAACUAUUUGAAAGCAUUUAUAUUAUCCGCAUUUAUAAUUAAACAAAAUAAUUCAAAUAUAUGAAAAAAGAAGAAUUCAAAAGUAUAAUAAUUACGAAUGUAUAAUAACAUUCGAUUUCUUUUUCUACUUUUAUAAUUCGGUGAUAUAUAUUUCGAAUGACUGACGCGUUUCUUUAUUCUCUCGAGGACGAUGCAUCGCUAUUUAAUUAAUUAAACUAUCCUACUCGUAAGGUUCUUUACGAUUUUUUGUUUCGACGAUGCAACAACGAAAUAUAUCUGUUUUAUUUUUUUAUUUGUAUAUUCGUUUGUUUCUCUAAUGCGCAGUUAGAUGUUGUUUACUUGAAAAUUCGUCACAUUUGGAUUUUCCGCGAUCCUUUUAUCGUUUGAUUUCGAUUCCCCUUUAAACUGCGAUUCUGACAAUUUAAUUUAUAUUGUUAAUGAUUUAAAGAUAGAGAGGCAAUACUAUAUACUAUCUGCAGAUAGUUAAGUUACAUGUAAUAAUGCGUUCAAAUGACAAAUUGCGUUCUUUACAAUGUACCUUGCAAUAACAAUAAGUUUGAUAUUAAAA